AUGUCUGAAGUUAAGCAGAGGAAAAAAGGUAUUUCUUCAUCCAAGACCAAUGAAGGCUCACAAAAGGGUGAGAAGCACAGUAAUUGUGGGAAGCUGGCAAGUCCCAGGACCAGCAAUAAUUGGAGUUCCUUUUGGAUGGACUCACGGACAAGCUUGAGCAUAAUUUCCCUUGCUGUUUGCCUGGUGCUGAGCUGGUUCCUAUUUCAGCAGUCAAAUCAAUUUGCUGAUAUGGAAAAAAAGUACAAUUUCUUACAGAAAGAAGCUGAAAAAUUCCUGGAUGUGGAAAAUAAAGUUAACUUAAUUUCUGGAAAGUGUGAAAAGACUUGGAACUUAAUGGAAGAGCUGGAAGAUCUUAAAAUAAUUUCUCACAUUAAACAUCUGCAGGAAGAUAUUUAUACAAUGAAAAUGUGGUCUAGCAGCAUUAUUAAAAAACAAGAAGAACUGCAGAAGAAUUCAACAACUCUUUUUCAUGCAGUUUCAAGUGUUGAACAGAACGCAGCUUCUAUAGCAAAAAACAUAACUUUGAUGAUUGUGACAGUAAAAACUGACAUAAGGCGCAUCUCAGGCCUAGUCUCAGAUAUGACUACACUGACAGAUUCCUUGCAAACACUAGAAGAUAAAGUAGAAAAAGGUGAAGAGAAGACAGUAAAAAAUAUAGGUAACCUGCUUACCAGCAGCAUUGACCGCAGUACAGAACUACAAAGCUUGGCAUUCAGUAACGCAAGAAAAAUUGAGCAAAUUCAGACAGCAUUAUCUGAGUUAAGGAGUGAUUUCAACAAGCAUUCAGAUAGACUUUUGAAUCUUGAAGGUGACAGAGCAAAAGUUCUAAAGACGGUUACAUUUGCAAAUGAUUUAAAACCCAAAAUGUAUAAACUUAAAAAGGAUUUUGCCAUCUUGGAGCCAUUAAUAAGUGACCUAACACUGAGAAUAGGAAGAUUAGUAGAGGAUAUAUUACGACGCGAGAAGGAAAUUGCUUUACUGAAUGAGAAACUGGCCAAUCUAACACGAGUUCAAACUGAGAUCAAAGAUAUGAAAGAUGAAAUAACGAAGAUUUCAGACAUGAAUUGAUCACUGUGAAAUGUCACUGCCUAAAGAACAGAAGUGUUUGAGGUGUGUUAACUCCAUCGCGUGUAGUACUAAAAAGAAAGACAACAGUUACAGGCUUCAUUU